AUGAAAGAUGGGCCCGGGCAGGUUGCAAUUACAGGGUUAGGAGGGAUUAGAAAGUCCCAAGUGAUACUAGAGCUAGCUUACCGCUUACAGGACCGGGAUAAGCAUUGCUCGGUUUUCUGGGUCCCAUGUACUAGCUAUGGGAUAAUCGAACAGACAUACAUGAGUGUUGCACAGACACUUCGACUUCAUGACGUGGAACAAGGAGAGGCCAAAGAGCAAAUCAAAAUAUAUCUUAGCUCUGAGCGUGAUGGAAAGUGGCUUCUAAUAUUCGAUAAUGCAGAUGAUAUGGACUUAUGGCUAUUGGGUGAUAAUGCAGGCCCCUCACUAGUGAAAGAGGAUAUUCUCAAGGACCACACAGCAGUUAUUGUCCUCCUGGACCAACUGGUAUUCUUUCCCCUGGCAAUCACGCAAGCAGCAGCAUACAUUAAUAAAAAUAGCUUAAGUCUGUCCACCUACCUGGCUCUUUUACAUGAGCAGGAGACGGAAGUAGUGGGCCUGUUAAGUGAAGACUUCAAAGAUACAGGACACUAUAAGGAGGUCCAGAACCCAGUAGCUACCACCUGGUUAAUAUCUUUUAAACAGAUUCAGCGCCAGGAUCAAUUAGCAACCGACUAUCGAUCUUUUAUGGCUUGUAUUAAUCCACGCAAUAUUCCUGAGUCUCUUCUUCCACUACCAACUUCCAGGAAACGCGGAGUUGACGCUUUAGGCCUUCUGAGUGCGGUGGCUGAUCAGAUACAAAAGGUUUCCCCAGACAAUAAAUAUACCAAUCAAGGACUUUGGCACGAAUACCUCCCUCAUGCCUUGGCGCUUAUACACGAAAAUGAGUUCAUAAUUACAGAUUACCUCGCUAGUGAUGGACGAUUCGACGAAGCUGAGGUUCUAUAUAGCGAGCUGAUGAAGAUUACGCAGAAGGAAAAUGGUCUGGAACAUCCCUCCACUCUAGCCAGCAUGGCGAGACUGGCAUCAGCCUACCGGAAUCAGGGACGAAUGAAUGAAGCUGAGAAGCUGAAUGUGCAGGUGAUGGAGACAAGAAAGACAGUGCUGGGGGCAGAACAUCCCCACACUCUGAUCAGCAUGAAUAAUCUAGCUUCAACCUAUGGCAAUCAGGGACGGUGGGGGGAAGCUGAGAAACUGGAAACAAGGAAGACGGUGCUGGGAGCCGAACAUCCCGAUACCCUGACCAACAUGAUUAGCCUCGCCUAUACCUGGGAAGCCCAAGGCAAGCUUCAAGAUGCCUUGACUCUAUUGCAAAUCUGUUCUGAGCUACGCAGCAAAGUACUAGGUCCUGAUCACCCGGAUACCAGAUCCUCCUCUUGUACUCUCCGCGACUGGAUAGACAAGUACAAAUUUCUGCAACAUCUACAAGAAUGUUCAGUAGGGUCUAUAGCAGUUGUGGCGAUCCCUCAGUUUGCCUGUGAAAAGUACAUCGGCCCAUCUCACACCUAUGGACAAGCAGCUGCAAAACUCUACCUUAGAGGUCACCCCCUUGUAAUCCAGUCCAGAGCACGCUCAUUCAUCCCGGGAGAUCAAGACGCACAAGGAGUUGAUUAA